AGCACACAUAUUAACAGCGAUAGUACGGGCACAGACUGCUCUGUGCUCAGUUAGCGGCACAAUGAGCCCACACCGGAAACACGAGCCGCUCGUUUGGCUGCGCGUGCUGCCAUCACUGCGCGGCGCUAAAUACCGUCACUGCGAUCCACGCGGACAGAGUUCCCAAAGACUUACCGGAGCUGGCUGGGCUCAUCUGCACCCUGCGGUGUGACAGUAUCAAGCUCCUGAACCAACUCCUAAUUUAAGACUGGGAUGUCGGAAGCAGCAGAGAAGGACCUGUAUGCUGUCCUGGGAGCCAGCUCCUCAGACUCAGUCCAUCAGCUCAAACACAGAUAUCAGCAGCUGGCCUUACAGUACCACCCUGACCGUCUUGGAGGGGAGGGAUCUUUGGAAGUAGAGUCGGGUGUGAAGAAGUUUCUGGAGGUGGAUGCAGCCUGGAGGAUCCUUAGUGACCAGAACACCAGGAGACAUUAUGACCUGCAGCGCAGAGCACAGGAACUGAAACAGGACUGGCCAGUGGAUUCUACAGUCUAUCUCGAGGACAUGACCUGGGACCAGGAUGAGGGUGUGCACACGUAUAGUUGUCGCUGUGGAGGAGGCUACAUCGUCUCAGAGGCAGAAGUGGAGGAGGAAACAAAAAGAAGGCAGCAGGGUGAUACAGAGGAAGAAGAGCACAGAGGAGUGGUUGUCUGCUGUGAUACUUGUUCCCUCAGUGUUUAUGUCACAUGGUCAUUACAUACAAAGGCUCAAAUGUUGAAUUGUCAAUAAUAAUACUUGUUUGGAAACCUUUCACCUGUUACGCUGCUGAGCUUGACUACAAAACAAUGACGUUACCCAUCAAAUCGAAGCAUGAUGUUGGUUGUUUGAGGUAGAUAGUGGGAGACUAAGAAAAUGUAUUUUUAUAGUAAAGCACCUUUCAGGAGUAGAUAUCACAAAGUGCUUCACAAUACAGAAUGAAAGAGGAAAUACUGUACCCUACCAUAAUACAGUUAUGACAUCAAGCUAUGGACAUAAAAAGAAUAAGCUGGGUGUAGUGUUCCACAGCUGGUAGAAAACCAAAGGAGCGAACCAAACCAGCCAACAUGUUGAUCAAGACUCAGGUCCUUGGAACAAGAGUUCCCUUCUCAUCUCAGACUUUGUGUUCAAAUCUCCAUCACCUUUAUAAGGUCAGCGUCAGGGCUGUCUCACUGACAACAGGCUGUGUAUGUGUGAAGAUGAAUGUUACUUAGCUGCCCUCCCUUUAGUGAAAAAUGGCUUAUUAGCAGUGAUGGAUGUGAACACCACAUGGAGGGUAAGGGCAAGUGCAUGUGUGAUCUGACCUAUGCCACUUUUGGGGAUGAACUAUGAAGGUAUUAUUGGUGCAAAAGUUUUGAGCACCUAUAACAGAGGAAUUUUUAGUUGUGUACAGUGAUUGUGUAUGUGUAUCAGUAAAUGUGGUCGUGGUGUGUGGUCACACACACUAUGA